AUGGCUUCGCAUCGAGGAGUUGUCUCCGCCUCGGCUACGGUCCCGGGCAUUUACCGGUUUAUUUUCAUGACCCUCGAACCCAUUUUUGCGUUACUCGGAGCCGUCAUGGUCCUCCACACGCCGAACCAGUAUCUCGCUGGUAUGACGCGUAACGCGAUGCCAUACGCGCCAAACACGCAAUUCCUCUACACACAACUGGGUGGCGGAUGGCUCUUCUUCGCUUUCAUGGAGGGCGUGGUUCUGCGGCUCUUUGACGAUCUGAAUCUAUGGCGCGUCGUCUGUGCGGGAAUGCUUCUGAGCGAUGUCGCGUAUUGUCACGGCACCGCGCAAGCCGUCGGCGGUUGGGAAAUAUGGCUGGACAGAUCUACGUGGACGGUGGAAGACUACACUGUCUUCUUUACAACAGCUCCCAUGGUUCUAGUGCGGAUCCUAAUUGUGCUUGGAAUUGGGAUUAGGGUCCCGAAGGAAGCCAAUGCUAAGCAGAGAGAGAAACAUUCGGAGUGA